AACAGGUUAAGUGUUGACCAACCUUCGUGAAAUUUGCGGUUGCCAUGGCAAAGUCAAAAGUGAUAGAUACACAAUGACAUAUCAAAAUUUCCCCAGAUGAUGAAUGAACAGCUACUGAAAGUUUAAGCCUCUAAGAGCAAAAUUAAUCUUCUUUUGACAAAUUUGAAAAACCCUAUGGGGGUGCUUUCCGCCCCUUCCCCUCUCCCUUCCCCUUGUACGUCGGAGUGUUAAUUAGAUUUUCUAUAUCCUUUCCAACUUCUAUUCCAGUGCCGCCGGCGCAAGUUUGCAUCCGCAAAAUUUACAAGCAGAUUUUAUAACCUUUCUGAGUUUAAAAAACUGGUGACUGUUCAAACAUAAAGCUUUAAAGCCGAACGCAAACAAACCUGAAAAGGAAUUGGCUGUUAGGACGAGGAACAUGAUGUUAUUUUUUAUUUCUAUUUUUUAUUUUUUUUUAUGAUAUUAGUCGUUAAAAUUUCUGGUUAAAAGCAGAAUUGUCUAUUCAUAAUUCAUAUCAUAGAUGCUAACAUUUUGAAUUAGUUGUUCAUUUCCCUGAGAAAAGUAAACCAUGAUCAAAGGAACACGAAUAUUAUUGCUUUUAGUAAUGGGUUGGUUUCUCCGUAAUCACUCACCAGAUCAAGUUUGCUGUUGAUGUUUUUUCAGUCUGUCAGUUAUGUCAGCAAACUGUAUUGCUAACUUAAUCUUGCGACGUUCUUAAUUAUUUACUGGAUAUCGGCCAGUACAAAACUAUGCGUCCUUGUCAUUUGGAGACAUUCAGUGUGUUUCUUUUGUGGUUUUGGUUGUUCAAGAACUUCUCACAAAAACUGAAAUGUUGCAUGAUGAAAAAGAAAUUUUAUUUCAGCAGUGCUAAUUAAGUUAAACUAGAAUAUUUUAGGCAUAAGCAAUAUAAACAUUGUACUCUUUGUACUUUAUCUUUGCCGUAAUAUUAAGAGAAAUGACAAAGUGUUCACCUAUGUCAUAAAAGCAGGGGAUAAGCACACUCCUCCACUGAUUAAAUCUUUGAACUAGAAACUGCUGUUUGCUUAUUUCUGUCAAUAUAAUAUGGUUCAAUGAAAUUUCUUAGUGAUACCCUUCCUGUUUGUGACGAGAUAAGUUCAUCCUUGAGCAGUAGGCGAGAACCAGUGAACACUUGUACCCAGAAGUUUUGGAAUUGCGUCCAAUAUACGGUAUUGGCAAACAUCUUCCACCUACGCUUCUCACAGUCUUGAUGUUAACUAACUGCAUGGAGUAAUUAAUAUAUCGAAAUUGUAUUUGACUGUAGAUUGGGCUCCUAUACAGUCAUGAUUUCCGAAUCAGGUCAGGCUGCCAUAAUCGCAAUACUUUCUAUAUUAGCCAUCAUCGACAUCAUUGGAAACUCCCUUGUCUGCGUGGUCAUCACUAGGAAUCCAGAUAUGAGGACUCCUUUCAACUAUCUGCUUGUAAACUUAGCCGUGGCGGACAUGAUGGUGGCAGUGUUUUUUGCGCCUUUCCACAUUUUUAUCCACACGUUCACCCACCCAGGUGGUGUCCUCGGCAGAGUGUUAUGCAGUUUGGUGACGGGUGGAGGCUUCGCAUGGGUUGGAGGUGCUUGCUCGGCCUUCACGCUGGUUGUCAUCGCAGUUGAACGUUAUUACGCGGUGAAUUAUCCUCAUGGUAACAAAGGAAAACUCACCAAUGCCAAAUUGAAGGUAAUCAUUCCUGCUUCUUGGAUCUUUGCAAUAAUCAUGGAAAGUCCAGGGUUCCUGAGUUCGGAUUAUAACGAGACUCUUUCCAUCUGUACUUUGGCGUUUCCCGAUGAGUGGAUGGGAAAGGCUUUCAGCGUGGUAUGGUUUCUGGUGUUUGGAGGUCUUCCCACACCAUUAAUGGCUUCAUUUUACUCCACAGUGGUGUACAAUCUGUGGUUCAAACGUAACGAUCAAAAUGAAAUUUCCUACCAACAACAGGGAGUACUCAAGAUACGCAAGCGUGUAACUUUGACAGCUGUAACCGUCAGCGUCAUCUUCUCGAUCUGCUGGAUGACUGACGCAGUUAUCUUCCUGUUAAGCUACCAUAGUACCACCAGCAGCCCAAGUGAUGUCACCUGGGCAAUUGCUGCCGUGAUGAUCUUGUUCAAUUCUGCCAUCAAUCCUUUUGUAUAUGCCCUGAUCAACGAACGAUUCAGGGAAAAGAUCAAAAGAUUGAUAGGCUACAGGUGGCGUUCAACAAACCAGAUUCAGGGUAUAACGGGAACCCCUCACAUCAAUCUAGCCACCAGCUCUACUCAGCCAACCCAAAUAACGGCAGAAUAGUGCUGCGGGGAUUGACGCAUAAUAACGAUAAUAACGAUAAUAACGAUAAUAACGAUAAUAACGAUAAUAACGAUAAUAACGA